AUGAACCCUUACGAGGCCAAUCCCGAGAGGAUCCCCCUCGAUGACCGUUAUGCAGAUGUGCCCUUCUACGGUCGUUAUCACCCCACGGCCGGGGAUUUCCAGCCAGAUCCUGCCCAUUUUCUGUCCACCUCACCCGAAGCCGUUGCGUACUGGUCGUCGGUGUUAUCCCAAUGCGACAAAACGAACAGGAUUUACGAAAAUCUCGAUGGAGGGCGCGACGUCUUCGCUCUGGGGCGGGUUAUCGUGAAGUCAUGCCACCUUCACCCUGAACAGGAGGGACGGCGAUCGACACGGGACUAUUCCCUGGCAGACGAGAACGAGGUCGUGGCUACGGCUGUAGUCCGGCGGUCCCUCAGUGAGUUGGGUAUCAGAGUUCCCCAGAUCUACUUUGCGGGAAAGAUUGACAAGCAUCAGGUUUUCGUUCAAGAACGGAUACCGGGAGUUGGUCUCAAUAUCGCUUGGCAAUACAUCUCCAAGGAGCAAAAGAAAUCGUUCAAAAACCAGGCCAGGGAGGUGUUGCGCCGUCUGCAAUCGAUCCCCUCUCCAGCUGGCCAAAGUCGGUCUUAUGCCGUACCAGACCCUAAUCCGGUGAAGAACAAGGGGAUCCAGGAGCUUGAGGAGCAGAUCAUCUUCUCAAAACAGAACGCAGAUUCCGACAUUGGCUUCAUGCAUAACGAUUUCUCCCUGUCCAACACCAUCGUUGACAAUGACAGAAUCGUUGGCCUUGUGGACUGGGAGAUGGCGGGAUGGUUUGGGCGGAAGACUGCUGCUGAUGUGCAUGUGGGAAUUCGGACGCCGAAAAGGGAGAAUUUUGCAUCUCUGGCUCUCCCAGAGGAUUUCCUACAAGAUAUUCUCUUUUGGAAUGAUCUUUACGAAGAUCCUUAG